AUGGAAAUGUUGGUGCUAACUCCAAGCUAUUUCCAAAAAACGGGUCAGACUGAAGGAAGCUGUGAUUUCUCAGGCACUGCCACUGUCGGUCAAACUGCCCCUACAGUAGCUUCUACUAGUUGUGUUUAUCCAGCAAGCCCCAGCCAAACAGUAACAACCACAACUACAACUCCAACCACAACACCUACAACUCCAACCACAGGCACCACGACUCCUUUAGUAUUCGGCUCAGGAAUCAGCUCCACAGGAAGUGGGAAUACUGGCAUCAAUGACUCAAGUGCUACUCUACCUCUCAUCACUAGAGGCACUAUCCUGUUCUUUUCUCUGGGCCUGACCCUUUGGUCAGUGUUGCUGUGGGCCUGAUAAUACUACACCUAGUUCAAAAAAGAUGUGUGGACAAGAUGUGACCGUGAUAGAGCCUAGGCUUGUAAUUUGGAAUCAUCUAGAGGCAAUUCUCACUAAGGAAUUUUUUUUAUUUUAUUUUUUCUGUUGUCUUCCUCCUAUGCUAAAAAAAACAGAGCUGGGCUGUUGCUGAUGAAUUUGAUUCCUUUUUGAGUAGUGAUAUGACUGCUAUUAGGGUAGAAGAACCUGAUCUCUUCUUUUUAGAUUUUUCCUUUUUGUAUAUCUAGAGAGAGGCAGUAUUUUUUCAAUUUAAUGGAAUUUCACUACCCCACCUACUUAUAUUAGUUAA